CGCUGCCCCUGGACUCGUUAAUGCUUCAGGGGGUCUGAUAUUUGGAGAAAUGUGAUAAGUUACAUUCACUGGCGCACUAAAUAAAUAAGUGAAGGUGGAUAUUUACGACUAACGAGAGGUACAAGCUAACUGUAACUUGCCGAGCUCGCGAGCCAAACUUAUGUGGCGUUGCGAACACAGGCUGCUGAACUUGGAGCAACCAGAAAUCUUCCUGUGGUGGUGGGAUAGUACUUGGACUGUGCUGGUGAUGUAGUCCUUUCACCAUACUCACCAUCUGUCUAACUAUCUACUGAGGAAGGGUUUGAGAUCAUUCUCUGGUCGCAGCAAUGGAUGAGGACACUCCAACACUGAAACCCAGACGGAUCCAGAACCAGAAUGUGGUCCAUCGUCUCGAGAGGCGCAGGAUCUGCUCAGGCCGACCUGGAGCUCACUGGUAUAGAGUGCGCUGCUUCCACCAGAACCUGUUCCCCAAUUUCACUGUGGUCAAUGUGGAGAAGCCCCCCUGCUUCCUUAGGAAGUUCUCACCAGAUGGACGCUGCUUCAUCGCCUUCUCCUCUGACCAGACUUCUCUGGAGAUAUAUGAAUACCAAGGCUGCCAGGCAGCUCAGGACCUGCUGAGAGGCCAAGAGGGAGAGACUCUUCUGACAGCCAAUGACCAGCGCUCCCUCAACAUCCGAGGCCGUCUGUUUGAGCGUUUUUUCUCUUUGCUCCAUGUCACUAAUGUGGCCUCAAAUGGAGAACACCUAAACAGGGAGUGCAGCCUUUUCACCGACGACUGCCGCUAUGUCAUCGUUGGGUCGGCUGUGUACGUCCCAGAAGAGCCGCCACCAUACUUCUUUGAGGUGUAUCGUAACAAUGAAUCUGUGACUCCUAAUCCCCGGUCACCUCUGGAAGACUACUCACUCCACAUUAUCGACCUCCACACCGGCAGGCUUUGUGACACUAGGUCCUUCAAGUGUGACAAGAUAAUCCUGUCCCACAACCAGGGCCUCUACCUCUACAGGAACAUCCUGGCUGUGCUAUCGGUCCAGCAGCAGACCAUACACGUCUUUCAGGUGACUCCAGAAGGUACGUUUCUGGACGUGAGGACUAUCGGGCGGUUCUGUUACGAGGACGACCUGCUGACUCUUUCAGCAGUUUAUACGGAGGCUCAGGCUGAGAGCCAGCCCGGCUUCCCUCGCCUCUACACUGACAAAACCAUUAACUCCCUGAAGCACAGGCUGCUGGUCUAUCUUUGGAGGAGGGCUGAGCAGGAUGGCAGCGCCACCGCCAAGAGGAGAUUCUUCCAGUUUUUUGAUCAGCUGAGGAGGCUGAGGAUGUGGAAGAUGCAGCUGCUGGAUGAGCAUCACCUCUUCAUUAAAUACACCAGCGAAGAUGUUGUCACACUCAGAGUCACCGACCCCUCGCAGCCGUCCUUCUUUGUCGUGUACAACAUGGUGUCUACAGAGGUGCUGGCCGUCUUUGAGAACACCUCCGACCAGCUGCUGGAGCUGUUUGAGAAUUUCUGUGACCUGUUCAGAAACGCUACGCUACACAGCCAGGCCGUCCAGUUCCCUUGCUCCGCUUCAUCCAACAACUACGCCCGGCAGGUCCAGAGAAGGUUUAAGGACACCAUAGUGAAUGCCAAAUAUGGCGGCCACACUGAGGCGGUGCGGCGGCUGCUGGGUCAGCUGCCCAUCAGUGCGCAGUCCUACAGCAGCAGCCCUUACCUCGACCUCUCCCUCUUCAGUUACGACGAUAAGUGGGUGUCGGUGAUGGAGCGGCCCAAGACCUGCGGAGACCACCCCAUCAGGUUCUACGCACGUGACUCCGGCCUGCUGAAGUUUAAGAUCCAGGCGGGGCUGCUGGGACGGCCGGUAAAUCACGCCGUACGACGCCUGGUCGCCUUCACCUUCCACCCCUUUGAACCCUUCGCCAUCUCUGUCCAGCGCACCAACGCAGAGUAUGUGGUCAACUUCCACAUGAGGCACGUCUGCGCGUGAGGACCUUGUGUGUGUGUGUGUGUGUGUGUGUGUGUGUGUGUGUGCGCACAUGCGUGUGUGUGUCUCUGCAUGCAUAGAUAGAUAGCAGAGCCUAAGAGCCUCUGAGUGCCUGUGGAUUCACCCUUGGAAACAAAAUGCAGGACCGCCGGGCUUCUGUUAGCAGCUAUUGGUGAUAAUACAACAAACACGUCCUCCAUCAGGAGGCACAAAACAGUGUGUUCUGUUAGUCGCCCUCCUCCUGAUGGAAACCACUGUUUCUCUCCUCUUUCCCCCUCCAUCACACAGUGGUCACUCCAGCUCCACCCCUCCUCCCCCUCCGGCAGCAAUUCUGCCUUUUCCUUUCGCCUUCUCUUUCCCCUUUCCUCCACAGAACAAAGAGGGACCAGUAGGGAGGAGAGACUGGAAUAAGUGUAAAUGGAGAUGUAGAGAGAGUGAUUGACGCGCGAGAGAGGAAGAAGCCGUAGGUAGCCAGACCUCUUAGAAGGAACCAAAGGUGUUUUUUUUCUCUUUUUUUUUCUAUCAUGCACUGAAAGCUGCGCAUUCAUAUCAGAAUUGCUUAUCCAGUUGGUCCAUGACCAGCUGUCCAACGAACUUGCUUUUUUUCUCACAUGGAUGUGGA